AUGCUUGCUGGAUAUCGCAGUCCAGACACUUAUGGGAAAGCUAUUGAUGAAAACAACAAAGGAUUGAAGGCUAUGGAAUAUAAUAAAGAACAUGCAUAUUCAAGAGGAUUUAACGACUCCUUAGAGAUUUCUAAUGGCACCAGGCAUUUUCUCAAGAUUAAACAUGCUACACACUUCAGUAGUGGAACGUAUAAAUGUAUCUUACUGGCACCAGUCAGAAACUACAACCAAAGUACAAUUAUACUCAGAGUAAUAGGCUGUCCUGAGGAAUCGAAAAACCUGAAACUCAAAAAAUAUACCACAGAACUUAUGUUGCUGAGCUCUAUUGGGAGCUUCUAUUUGUUACUUAUCAUCCUUACUUGUACAUGCUUAAAAGAGAGAAGAUCUUCUGAUCAUCCUAAAUCUGAAAAGCAAAUUCUGGCUUUAUAGUACCUGUUGAAAGAAUGGUUUCUAUUACCCAAUAUUGGACAGCAUUGGGAAAGACAAUCUUAUCAGUUACUGGUAAUUUGGUGGUGCUAUCAAAGCUCUUUCCUGAUAAUUUGGUGGUGCUACAAGCAGCUCAUCAGUAAUACUAUCUCAUCAAAUAGAUAUUGUCACAAUACUGUAGAUGAAGGAUAAGACUGCAUAAUUGCCUUACUAGUCUGGUACUCUUUAGGUUGGGACUACAAGUCCUCACAUUUCAUGACCGGUGAGUAUUUUGUGACUUUUCAGGAUUAUCAGAUGUAGUUUCAGAUCUGUACAACAAUCUAAAUGUCCCUCCCUACCAAUCACUCACUGCAAUUAUUGGUAGCUUUUAAUUGCACCAACUUCUGGAUUCCUCCAGUUAUGAUAGUAAGGCAAAGAAGAACUAUCACAGCAAGAAAAAACUCCGCAAUUACUCAGUGAUUGAAGUCUUAUCAGCUGGGAUCUCAAUUCCCUGUAUGGAUUUGAAAUCAUGUCUGUCAAGGCCCUUUGUAUUGUAUCAUAUACUUAGUAAGAAAAAUUCAGAGAACAUUACAGGUAUUCCUUAUUCAAUGACCACUCAUUCAAUGACCAUUCAAAGUUAUGAUGGCUCUGAACAAGCAGACUUACAACUGGUCUUUGUAUUUGUGGCCCCUGGAGCAUCUCCAUAGCUAAUUGCACACAGCAAUUAGCUUGCAGUUACAACGGUUGUAGCAUCCUAUGGUCAUCUGGUUGCCAUUUGAAUCUUCACUGCUGGUUUCCAACAAGCGAAGUCAUUGAGGAGGCCAGCAGGAAUUCCAAAUAGUAAUCAUGUGGCAUCUUGCCUAAUGACCAUGUGGGAUUUACUUAAUGAUGGCAACUGGAAUUGCCACAACUGCUAGUGUAACUUGCCACGUUCAUGUGAUAUUACACUUUACAACCACAUUGGCAUGGUUAAUGAUGGAAUUGCCAAUCCCAAUUGCUGUCGUUAAGUGAGGACGACUGUAUUUCAUUUCUUACAAGAUGAAUAUACCUGAUUGUCACAUUGUUUUCUUUUUAAUUUACAAAAAUAUGCUAUAAUGUUACUUUAAUGUACUUUAACUUAGCAAAUAAAUAAAUAUGCUGACAGAUAAAGGCAGAAUGCACCAAUUACCACUGCAAGCAAGAGGAAAAUCUUCUACACACAAAAUCUACCCAUGCCUUCUAUAACUUUGUAAACACCAAACUUAAAGACUCAAAAACCAUCCCACCCCUAAAAGGUCCUAAUGGGAAAGACUAUAGCAAUGAAGUCAUUAAGGCAAACCUCUUCAAUACGUUCUUCAGUUCAGUCUUUGUAAACAGUAAUGGUUCAUGCCUCAC